ACUCAGAAGAGCCCACAGAGAGAGAGAGAGAGAGAGAGAGAGAUUGACAAACGACCUGUCCUCGCCGGAAUCUGUCCCUUAGUUGCCGGUUGGUCAGAUUCUUUUUCCGAUAAUUGACCUUCUUCUCUUGUUACUUCCCUUACAGAGCCCGCCGAGAAAUUGCUGUCUGUGAUGGGAUUUUGUAUCUGCCCGUUAGAAACUCCGGCAAGGUUGCUGUGGAGCACCAGCUUCUUCCGCCACAAGCUCAUGCUAUUCUAAAACUAAAUCUCGGAAUCAUAGAUUUAGAUCAUCACCAUCAACGUCCAAUCUUUAUUAUUCGGUCUCUUUCGCCUGAGACGUAUUAUAUACACAGGAAACUGUGUGUAUAGGUGACGGUGACGGUCGCCGGAGAUCUGACAGAAAGCUUACUGUAUCGAUCAUGGAUUCUGGCUGCCUUUUCUUCGACCCCUCUGACCACGGGAACAUGUUGUUUAUCGGGAGUGGCAAUCCCAUAUUUCAAGGAGGGCCAAGAUCGGUGAUGAACAUGGAGGAAACCUUGAAGAGACGACCUUUUUUCAGCUCGCCGGAGGAACUGUACGAUGAAGAAUACUACGAUGAGCAGUUGCCGGAAAAGAAACGCCGGCUCAGUCCCGAGCAGGUUCAUCUGCUGGAGAAGAGCUUCGAGGCGGAGAACAAGCUGGAGCCGGAGAGGAAGACGCAGCUGGCGAAGAAGCUGGGGCUGCAGCCGAGGCAGGUGGCGGUGUGGUUCCAGAACCGCCGUGCUCGGUGGAAGACCAAGCAGCUCGAGAGGGACUUUGAUCAGCUCAAAUCUUCCUACGAAUCCCUUCAGUCCGACUAUGAUUCCAUUCGCAAGGAGCACGACAAGCUCAAAGCUGAGGUUUCUGCCUUGACUGAUAAGCUGCAAGCCAAGGAGGUGAUCGGAGCACCAACACCAGGCCCGAGUCCGAAGCCGGACCCGCUUCCGGGGGACGUUGACGUUCUCCACGCUUCAACCCCGUGUCCGCUCAACGUGAAAUCCGAGGACCGCCUGAGCACCGGCAGCGGCGGAAGCGCGGUGGUGGACGAGGAAGGCCCGCAGCUUGUGGACAGUGUAGAUUCCUACGACUUCCCCCCCAAUGACUACCCCGGAUGCGUGGCGGCCCAGGUCCAAUCGGAAGAGGACGAUGGCAGCGGGAAAGGCGGCCCCUACCUCUCCGACUUGUUCGCGGCCGCGGAGCCCCCCCACAACGACGAAGGCGUGCCUCUGGGCUGGUGGGUCUGGUCUUGAGUAAGAAUUGAGCACCGAAACUGUCGUCAACUUCGUCGCUAAAAAUGGCUGUCUUUGUAAUGUUUUAUUUCUGUAGCUGUUUAAUUAUAAAAAGAAAAAAAAAACAAAAUUAAACUUAGAUCUGUUGUAACUUUGUAAACUCGUAAUGAAUAAUAAAAUAUAUAUUUAUCUACUUA